AUGACUAACAACCCAAGAGUUUUGAAAGCCUUUAAGGCGACGAGGGCCUUGGGAAUCCCUGAUAGAUUGGUCAAACCAGUUCUGAAGAAUUUGCUGGCUGUGUAUGAUAAAAAUUGGGAGCUUAUUGAAGAAGACAACUACAGGACUCUUGUGGAUGCGUAUUUUGAGUCUCAGGAUAAUAAGGGAGAAGAAGAUAAGAGAGAAGUUGAUAUGGGGCACGGUGGGUCUGAAAGACCAACUAAAAAACUGCAUUUGGCUAAUGACGAAGAUCAUGGAGAAAGUGAAAUUCCUUCAAGAAUGGUCAGCCGACAGGCAAGCAUGGAGUCUUCUGAACCUUGUUUAAGAGACGGCAGAGCUGGAUCUAGUUCUCAAAUUCCCCUCAAACAGUCCCGUGACAAAGGAAAGAAUCCCACAUCAUCUGCAGUCUCACGUGAUAAUCACAAGAAAGACUUUCUGAUUCCAAAAACAGAGGAAUCCACAAAUUGUGUUCCAGUUUCUGCACAACCGGCUCCAAUGAGACGUCCAGGUUCAUCAGGGGGUUCAACUGGGGGUAACUCUGUCACAUCCUUAGCGUCCUCCGAAGUGGGUACAAGUGGUCGGGAUGCCCUCCAUGUUUCAGGACCAAGUAAGGGACCUUGUAGAACAGAACAUUCUCAGGUAGAUUUAAAUGGUAUGGGUUCGAGCUGUCUUAUCACUCGUGAGGGAAAGAAGCCAAUUAAAUCUCUCGAUGACAUAUCAAAAUCUACCGAAAAAGUGAAAAUAUCAUUGGCAGAUGAAAUUGGAAAUGAGUCUCUCCCGAAGUUCAAUUAUAUUCCGGAUAAUAUCGUUUACCAACAUGCCAAUGUGAAUAUCUCACUGGCCCGUAUUUCGGAUGAAGACUGCUGCAUUGGUUGUUCAGGAGAUUGUCUUUCAUCAGAAUUUCCAUGUGCAUGCGCUCAAGAAACCGGUGGGGAUUUUGUGUACACAAAACAAGGCCUGCUAAAAGAAGACUUUCUAACGGCUUGCAUGAGGGAACCAGAUAAGCAAAAUUUUUUUUAUUGUCAAGACUGCCCCCAUGAGAGGUUGAAGAAUGAGUACAUGCCUGAAAAAUGCAAAGGUCACCACAUCAGAAAGUUUAUUAAAGAAUGCUGGAGAAAAUGUGGAUGUGACUUGUGGUGUGGAAACCGGGUAGUGCAAAGGGGUAUUUCCUGCAAGUUACAGGUGUUCUUGACUCCUGAAGGAAAAGGCUGGGGUGUCAGAACAUUAGAGGUCUUGCAGAAGGGGACAUUUGUGUGUGAAUAUGUUGGGGAGAUAUUGACCAAUACAGAGUUAUAUGAGCGAAAUACGCACAGCAGUGGAGCUGAGAGGCAUACGUACCCUGUAACACUAGAUGCAGAUUGGGGCUCAGAGCGAGUUUUGAGGGAUGAGGAUGCACUUUGUCUUGAUGCAACAUUUCAUGGAAAUGUUGCAAGAUUUAUCAAUCAUAGAUGCUGUGAUGCAAAUUUGAUUGAUAUCCCAGUUCAAGUGGAGACUCCUGACCGUCACUAUUAUCAUCUUGCCUUUUUUACAACCAGGACAGUGAGUGAUUUUGAAGAGCUGACGUGGGAUUAUGGGAUUGACUUUGAUGAUCUAGAACAUCCUAUUGAGGCAUUUCAGUGUAAUUGCAGAAGUGUAGCUUGUCGGGGCAAAAGACAGAAAGGACGAAAAGGGCGUGGAGGGUCUGCCGGAAACAAGUUCCGGAUGUCGCUGGGUCUGCCGGUGGCUGCCACAGUGAACUGCGCGGACAACACCGGUGCCAAGAACCUUUACAUAAUUUCUGUAAAGGGAAUCAAGGGUCGCCUUAACCGCCUUCCUUCUGCUUGUGUUGGUGACAUGGUGAUGGCAACUGUCAAGAAAGGCAAGCCUGAUCUCCGUAAGAAGGUCUUGCCUGCUGUUAUUGUGCGCCAGCGCAAGCCAUGGCGCCGAAAGGACGGUGUUUUCAUGUACUUUGAAGAUAAUGCUGGUGUCAUCGUAAAUCCAAAGGGCGAAAUGAAAGGUUCUGCGAUCACUGGACCUAUCGGAAAGGAAUGCGCUGAUCUGUGGCCAAGGAUUGCAAGUGCAGCCAAUGCCAUUGUUUAA